AAACGGCUUCUCAGCAUGCUAGCUAACAGGGAGGGGAAGCAGAAGAGCUUUUAGACAGAGGCAUAGUUAAAAAAAAAAUAAACGUGCUAAAAUAGGAUUUUUAUAACUUGUAUCCAGCUUUUGGUUCGUUAACUAACGUUAGUAAUGCACGUCUAGCAGUGGUGUACAUCGAGGAACUAGCCUUGAUAAGCAACGAACCGGCCAGCAGUCUAGUUAAUACUGUGUUAGCCUGACAGCUAAACUCGCAGUUGGGCAGCUGGUUUCUUCUAGUCAGCAUCGAUGAGGAAACCCACCCCCGGCGUAAGUGCUGUAAACAACACUGACCAGCUUGUCUUCAGUUAGCUAGUUGGUCUGAGCAAGAAUACAACAGAAUGACAGAGGAUGCCGUCUUGCUGAAUGUACCUGUCAUUCGGCAGCUGUACCACUGGGACUGUGGGUUAGCCUGCUCCAGGAUGGUCCUGAAGUACCUCCAUCCAGUCAGUGAUGAGGAGUUUCAGAGAGCAUGCUGGGAGCUGAAGCUGACAGAGAGUGUGUGGACUAUUGACCUGGCCUACCUCAUGUGCCAUCUAGGAAUCAAACACUGCUUUUGCACACAGACUCUGGGCGUUGAUAAGGGAUUUAGGAAUCAGUCCUUUUACAAGAAACACUUUGAAACAGAAGAAGACAGAGUGAACGAGCUCUUCCUUAAAGCAGAUAGCAAAGGUGUGGUGAUGAAGAAAUGUUCUGUGACGGUUCAGGAAAUCCAGUCUCAUCUGGAGCAGGGCCACGUUGCCAUAGUGCUGGUCAACGCUGUCGUCUUGACUUGUGAACUCUGCUCCUCGCCUGUGAAGUACUGCUGCUUCCUGCCCGUGGGUCAGAAGUGUUUCUGCAGGAAGCCGGAGUACCAGGGUCACUUUGUGGUAGUGUGCGGCUUCAACAGGACCACUGGCUGUAUUUUCUACAACAAUCCUGCAUAUUCUGACCGGGUGUGCUGCACCAGCAUCAGUAACUUUGAGGAGGCUCGGCGGAGCUAUGGGACAGAUGAGGAUAUCCUGUUCAUCUUUAAGGAGAGUUGAUGGACUGUGAUGGUGAAUUUGGAUUUCACUCUUCUUCGGCUCAUCAUUAUAGUGGCAUGAUGCUGCAGGUCAACAGUCUUGGACUAGUGGCUCAUCCUGUUGUUGCAGAUCCCCCGGGCCUUACUCUCCGGUGCUAAUAAGCCCAACUGCUCACAUGAAAAGUACUGCAGAAUCACCGCUCUUAUUCCCUCUUACACAGUCAGCAAUGCUCGAUCUGUGAAGGAGGUGGGAGGUUCAGCAAUCUGUGUUUUCUCUCCCCCUCCCUUUUUGAGAUGAGCAGAUGCGUUCACAUGAAUUUUAUUGCGUGUGUUAAAUUUUAAUUACUGUGGUUGCUCAUGUAUUGGAGCUGUUGAAAUCUCUUAACUGUUGAGUACUUGUGAAACUACAGUGGAUGAAAUGUGGGAAUCAUGACAUACAAUAGGAAUUAACAGGAAGUAGUGUGCACAUAAUUCAGGGCUGAUGAUGCCAACAUUUAGUAUAUCAAAUCUAUUUGUUCUGUUCAGUCUGAAACAUCACCUACACUUGCCUUUAAAAAAAAAUCCUAACUCACCUCUCAGUCACUUUUUUUUCUGAUGAUUUUAUCAACAGGGAAUAAAGGAAGUAGUUGUGUUUUUAAGAGUCUCAGGUAAUUAAUGCCCUGACAUGCGCAUCAAAAGACAACUAAUUCAAUGCAAUAUUCCAUAGUCUGUCUAUGGAACACAGUCUGCCUGCUGCCUGUAAAAGGAGAGUGGAUUGACCUACUGACACUUGAACAUUCAUUUCACGGGGCGGGGGGCGGGGGGGGGGGCAUCUUGUGUGUUUUGGUGUCGUGGUAACUUGCUGGAUUGAUGGAUAUUCCAUGUUUGUUCAUGUGGCAGAACAAAGGUAUAAUAUUUGACUCGAUAAUGUUCUGCUGAAAGAAAGCAGAAGGUUAUUUGCUCAUAAUUAUUUGUUAAUUUUGGUAUUGUGUCUAUUAUGUUUUUGCACUACUCUUUUCAAACCAGACAUAAUUGUUAUUUAAAUGAAAGAUUUUACUUCUCUGAACCUCUGAUAAGUGAUCUCUUCCUGACUGUGCUCUUUGGUCAGAACAGGGCGUUUUAAACCACAAACUUUAUUUUUUAUUACACAUAGAGCUGCAUUUAUUAUGUUGUAAUUAAAGGAUUUGAACAUA